GGAAGGAAUCCGCAUGGAAUUGUGAAUAAAGUCCGCAAUAUGACAUCCACGUACCCAUCCACGCGCCAACACACGCACCCACACGUCAUAUCUCAUCUGGUCGAUAUAGAUUUUUCGCGAGUGAUGUGGCUCUUGGCGCUAUGUCAGCUGGCCUCGGCGGCAGCACACGCACCUCCUGCACCCGACCAUGCACCCAUCCACGCCCACGAUUAGUCAGUUCACGAUCAGUCAGUUGACGAUCGUGUCUGAACACAUACCGGAAUGGAUGGUGGCUUCGUUUCCAUCUUUGGCAGCAUCUUGGGCAACCGCACCGGCAUUGGAGCGGGGGCAGAUGGCGGCCCCCGCUCGACGGACACAGCUGAACACACGACCGAGAGUGGAGAACAAUGUCUCCCCCGUUAGUCCUAUGAUGAACCUUACUUACGUGCAGUGGUGGUGAAUCUCUCCUUCUCCUGGCUUGACCUUCGCCUCGCACUAGCCCUGACCUCAAUCGCCACAGGUGGCGAGGAAGCCAGCUUCAGCAAGGGCACUUUCUCCGUAAGCGUGCUCGAAAAGAGAGGCCGCUCCCGUCUCCCCCCAGGCGGCUUGAGCAGGCGGGCCGACGGUUGCGACGGCUUCUCGAGCACGGGUGGCUUGUCGUCCGCCAACAUGGCUGCGGAUAAUCGUUUUCGAUGUUCAAGCGGACUCAAGUGAAACAUGUGUGGCUGCCAACUCACUCUCUGAACCUGCACACCUGAGCUGCCAUCCUCCACCAGGGACAGCCGGGAGCCCUCCUGGCCACCGCCAGGGACCAACGCCGCCUCCAGCGUGGCCUGCUCGGUCUUCUCAAUCGAGUCUGCCCGGGAGGGGCGCAGGAGUGUCGGCCGCCUGAAGGCAGGACUGUCAGUGCCCUUUCUGUCUCCAUCAGGCUGGUCACGCGCUGUGGCGGGUGAUGGGGGCAGGUCGGCCUCUGCGGUCCUCAUAUCGGUAGAGAGGCGCGCCGUGAGGAGGGGGGAGGGGAGGCUGGGCUCACGGGCUGGCACGAGAGUCGAGAAUCGGCUCUUGACUGCACCACAAAGCAGACACCGUAUAUGUACCUAUAGUGCCAGUGGUGGCUGUCCUCUUGCGUGCCUUUUCUUUUCCUCCUGGACCAGAGGUACGGCUCAGCAAGCACCUGAGUAAAGUGAUGCACACGAGAUGCAUGUGACUGAUGCCAUGUAGAGCAGCACUGACAUUCAUUUCCAUGUCGAGGUUUUGCUUACUUGGCUCUCCAUGAUGAGGUCCAUGUGGCAGUGCUGCCUGGCCUCCUUCUCGCCCAGCAGAGAGGCGAACGAGAAGUAAAGGAGGCCGUCAGCACCGACCUGGCCCAUCCAUCCAUCCAUCCAUCCAUCACACAAGUGAAUGACGCAGUACUGUACACGCACAGCUGUCGGUGUGCUGAGAUGCAUGGUGCGUGCCUUGUAGUGGAGAGCGAUAUAGUCAUUGUCGGAAAGGAAGAGCAUGGCCUUCAUGUCGUCCUUCUCGAUACGCUCAAACACCUUACGAGAUGCCGCUCCAGCCUGUUGCUGCACACAUCACACACAGACACACAAACGGAUUGUGCCUGCACGUGUAUCAGAAGCCCCCAGUAAGUGUACCUCGACAGCCGGCUGGAAGAGCGUCUUGCGCGCCGAUCUCUCACAGCUGAGACCCUGACCGACAAACAUGCAGCAAGCAGAUGGGUGGUGGGCUCGGUGUCCGUCUGGCGGUGGCUCGGUCACCUCCCAUCCCUCAUAUGUCGCGCAUCGCCAGAAAAUCGGCAGGCUGCUCUGGGUCAUCAAAUAGCUGUUGAAAAGGCAUGCGCAGAGACAUGAUGCAACAACACACCAAGAAGGGUGGGGAGGUGGGAGGUCUCUCAUUCUUACUUACCGAUUCGAGCGAUAAGCAAGCGAAGUCACGCUGUCAUACCUACAGGCAGACAUGAGCACAGCACACGGGAAGGCAAGGUACACAUCCGUAAGUGCGUGUCUCUCCCUCCGCUCGUGUGAGUGAGUGCGUACGGACUUGACAGAUCUGAGCAAAACGUUGAACACGCCGGGAGGGUACACAAACUGCUGCAGCACGCUGCGCAGGAGAGACCGGAGGAUGCAGAGAAGCGAAGCAGGUCAGGCAGGCAGACCAUUAGCGUGGGUGGAAUGAAUGCAGCAGACCGUCUGUUGUCCUUCCUACCCAGAGAAACGCUCAUUCAGCUUGCCAUGCACAAAUCGCCUGCACAAAGAACACAAGGACAUGUCUCUCGCCCGCCCGCCCGCCGGCCCUCUGCUAAGGUUGCGCACUCACUUGACACUAUCAGACGAGAGGAAAUCGGCGGUCCUGAUGGGACACCGGUCCUCGGGAAACUGCCUGCACAGAACACGCCCGCCCCGUGUCUGUCUUUACAUACCGCCCACCCAUCGUGCGUGUCGUUUUGUUGUGUCUCCUUCCUUACGAUGCCCCCGGCAGCCAGACAGCGGCCACGUCCGCCCGCCCUGGUGGAGUUCUGUCGUAGCACAGGGCGGUCAACACCGCAUCAAAAUUCAGACUCUCCGGUCUUUUGCGCAGUAUCGACCCUGCAGGCGCAAAGAAACACCAUCGACAGACAUGAUUCGACCGUGAUUGAGGAACGAACGCGUGUUUGGUGUCACUCACUCACCGCACUCACUCACCGUCUCUGGCUGAGGAGAAGUACCAUGCGUAGAGCUUUCCCCGGAUGAUAACGAUUGUGUGUGGGAGGCGGAAGCCGAAGCGGCGGUAGAAGUGGCCGAACCCUCGGAUGGAGUUGCUCAGCCGCCACAGCAGCUCAUACAUCUGGCAGGAGUGGGAAUGGGUGGGUGUGGCAUGCAGUGCGGUGGCCAUCUAUCUGUCUGCAAUGAUCGAAUGGCAUGCACUGCACUGCGCUGCGUGUGCCCGUACCUCAAUGAUGCACUCACAGGAAUUCGCUGCACACACACACACACAGGCAGACAGACAGACAGACGCAUAGACAGACAGGCGGACGCCAACCAAACAACAGAGAGAACGAUGAGGAAGAGGAGACGGCAUGGCAAUUACGUACAGGCCCACCCAUCUCGGUCGAUUUGAUCUUCUGGUAGUACAUGGGCGUCUUGUCGUGCAGAGGCGACAGGUUCUGGCUCUCGCUCUUGGUGGGCGUCCUCUUCAUGCGAUACGACAGCGUCGACUGACGCUUGUACCUGUGCCUUACAGGCACUGUCUUGGCACACACAGGCGCCGCUUCGCUGCCAGACGACGCAUCCAUUCCGCGUUCGACCACGGCAACUUAGUAUACUAGCGUCGGCACGGCUGGAGAAACCGGGCCACCAACCACUGGGAAGACGACUCGGCG